AAAUGGUCACCCUACCUAAAUUGGUUUUUUUUUUGAGGUUAUGGAUCAAAUCAAAUAUAGAUUAUAAAAUUAAUAUUAGACUAUGAACUGUUAAUGUGUAAAUUUCGACAUGGCGCUUUUUGGAGCCCAGUUAGUUAUUACAUUAAUAAUGGUGUCAGUGAUACAAAAAUUAGGCAAUUAUUCUUUUGCACGAUGGCUGUUAUGUUCGAAUGGCUUGUAUCGUUACUUAUAUCCAGAUAAUAACGAGCUAAGAACUUUAGCUGGCGUUCCUAAAGAGAAAAUGAAAGGAAAAAAGGGCGGCAAAAAUGAAUCAAAUGGAAAGCCCGAAACAUUUCACGUACCUCGCAGUCUCGAAAUACAGCUGGAGACUGCGCCGGUGACACCAUUAGAUGUUGUUCAUUUGAGAUUCUAUACAGAAUACGUAUGGAUUGUGGAUUUUUCUCUAUAUACUGCUAUUGUUUAUAUCAUGUCAGAGUAUUUCACCAGUGAUGAGUCUAUUGGAGAAAGGUCAACAUGCAUUGUGGCAUUCUGUGUGUUUUUAUUGAUUGCCAUGAUGGUGCUCAUUGUAGACGAAUCUAAUCUGGAAGUGGGUGUGGAUCCAGCUUAUGAUAGCUUCUAUGAGAAUGCUUCUAAGUUUCUGGAAAACCAGGGAUUGUCUUCUGUAGGUCCAGCAUCCAAGUUGAUACUGAAAUUAUCAUUAGCUGUGUGGGCUGCUGUGAUUGGAACACUGUUUACGUUUCCCGGUCUUAGAAUUGCUAGGAUGCACUGGGAUUCAUUACGGUACUAUGAGGACAGCAAAGUGAAAGGUCUACUAUUAAACGUCAACUUUGCAAUGCCUUUUAUAAUAUCACUGUUGUGGGUCCGGCCGGUGACAAGACACUACCUCACAGUACGAGUGUUCAGCGGGAUGGACGCACCGCUGUGA